GCAAUCCAUCCCAUAGCUCAAACUAAAAAUGCGGGUUUUAUGGCGGGUUUGAAGUUUCUGAGCGCGCCAUGUUAUUGUAAUUGAAGCUCUUUUCAUCGCGUAAGGAUGCUCCUGUCGUUAUGCGCUACUUCGAGAGGCGUACUCCGGACAUCCUCGCGGCCUCUCCGUCUAUCAGUAGGAACAAGCCGGCAGCCCAAACAGCAACGGUUGGACUUACGAUGGUAUACAACUGCGGUGACUGAAUCGCCUGGUGAGGGUGGAAGGCUAAAAACACUGGCAGUUCCCUCUACUGCCCGAUUUAAUGAAAUCGGAGUCCAGCAGUUAAGCAGCCAUGUCCAUUCGCAAAUUUUCCUGCGGGAACCCACCCCCCCUAACUCGGAAUUGAUUGAACUUUCAAAGGAUCAUCUUUCUCGCCACGAUUUACUUGGGAAAACUCAGGAUGGCUCGCAUCCAAUUGCCUUCGAUAUACCUCCCCUCAAAGGCCAAACUAUGGACGAGCACUUUUACAAAUUAGGGAUGGAUUCUUCAGAACCUUACCUGACAAACGCCAAACAAUAUGCAAAGAUCAAUCUCCCACCUGCACCGAAAAAAUGGAUCAGAAGGAGUGGAUGGACGAAGUAUAAUGCGAAUGGGUCCACUGAGGAGGUUGAUGCACCCAACGAAGAGAUGCUAACAUUCGACACGGAAGUGAUGUGGAAAGAAUCAUCGUUUGCAGUAAUGGCGUGUGCGGCGAGCCCAAAUGCUUGGUAUGCCUGGUUAUCUCCUUAUCUUCUCGGCGAGACAAAAAACGAACGGCAGCUUGUCCCGCUUGGAUCUCCAUCUCAAGCCCGAAUCAUUGUGGGCCACAAUGUUGGAUAUGAUCGUGCAAGGAUUUUGGAAGAAUAUGACAUUAAACAAACCGGCAAUUUCUUUAUCGAUACCAUGUCUCUUCACGUUGCCGUUAACGGGAUGUGUUCUCAACAACGGCCCACCUGGAUGCGGCAUAAGAAAAAUCGUGACCUCAGGGAUAAACUCUUGAGGGAAAAUAAUUCAGUUGAGCUUGCAGCGCUGCUUGAAAACAAACUACUUACAGAAGAAGAGGAAGAGCUCUGGGUGGGUAGGAGCUCUGUCAACUCUUUACGUGAUGUUGCAAAAUUCCAUUGCAACGUUACAAUUGAUAAAGCCCAACGGGAUCAUUUUGGUGAACUCGAUCGCCCGGGCAUUCUGGAACGGCUUGAUGAGCUUCUAGAUUACUGCGCAGCUGAUGUCUCGAUCACUCAUCGUGUCUACAAGCAGGUUUUCCCUAACUUUUUGGAGGUAUGCCCGCAUCCGGUUAGUUUUGGGGCCUUGAGACACCUUUCCUCUGUUAUUUUGCCAGUCAACAACACCUGGGAGGAGUACUUGAAAAAUGCCGAGGAAACCUACCAACGCCUCCUAGAGGAUGUCCAGAGGCGGCUACUGAAACUUUGUGACAGCGCCUUAGCCGUAAAGGAUAAACCUGAAAUAUAUGAGAAUGACCCAUGGUUACGACAGCUAGACUGGUCCGGACAGGAAAUAAGAAUGGUUAAAGGGAAAAAGAAGGGUGACCCUCCUCGGCCUGCUGCAAGACAGAAAAUGCCUGGAAUGCCAAAAUGGUACAAAGGCCUCUUCGCAACAAGCACCUCCCCUAUCAACCUGAGUGUUCGCACACGUUUAGCACCAAUUCUCUUAAAACUCUCUUGGCUUGGAUAUCCGCUUGUUUGGUCGGAUGUGCAUGGCUGGACGUUCCAAGUCCCUAAAAGAGAAAUCAAGAAGUUCGAGAAUCAGGCACUUGCGCCAUGCAACAUGGCUGAAGAAAAGAAUCUGAGUCUCCGAGAUGAUAGAGAGCAUAUAUAUUUUAAACUUCCACACAAGGAUGGGCCUGAAGCUCGUUGCACCAGUCCGCUUGCGAAGGGGUAUUUGCAGUAUUUUGAAGGAGGCAAACUCUCCUCCCAAUUUGCCCUAGCCAAGGAAGCUUUGGAAAUGAAUGCGUCCUGUUCUUACUGGAUCAGUGCAAGGGAUAGGAUCAGGAGCCAGCUGGUAGUUUACCACAACGACGUCGAACGGCUUAAAAACAAAUCGAUAUCGAACCCAUCAUUUAAGCAGGGUUAUAUAUUACCCCAAAUUAUCCCAAUGGGCACUAUUACUCGACGAGCAGUAGAGAACACCUGGCUAACUGCUAGCAACGCCAAAGCUAACCGGGUGGGGUCAGAGCUCAAAGCUAUGGUUACGGCACCCCCAGGUUAUGUGUUUGUUGGUGCCGACGUGGAUUCAGAGGAGCUCUGGAUUGCCAGUCUCGUGGGAGACGCACAGUUUCAGAUUCAUGGUGGUAAUGCCAUCGGGUUCAUGACUCUGGAAGGAACGAAAGCAGCUGGCACAGAUUUACAUUCGAAAACAGCAAAAAUCUUGGGAAUCUCCCGAAACGAUGCCAAAGUUUUCAAUUAUGGUCGAAUAUAUGGGGCAGGCCUCAAGUUCGCGGCCACACUCCUUCGCCAAUUCAACCCCUCCAUGUCGGAACACGAGACAAAGCAGGUCGCGGCGAAGCUAUAUAAGGAAACAAAGGGCGUUCGAACCAACCGAAAGAUACUGAGUGACAAUCCUUUCUGGAGGGGGGGCACCGAAUCGUUCGUAUUCAAUAAACUUGAGGAGUUUGCAGAACAAGAAAGACCGAGAACUCCUGUGCUUGGAGCAGGAAUCACGGAAGCCCUUAUGCGCCGCUUCAUCAACAAGGGAAGUUUUAUGACAUCACGAAUAAAUUGGGCGAUUCAAUCAUCUGGUGUGGACUACUUGCACUUGCUCAUCAUCUCAAUGGACUUCCUUAUUCGUCGUUUCAAUUUGGACGCCCGUCUCGCAAUUACUGUGCAUGAUGAAAUCAGGUAUCUGGUCAAAGAACAUGACAAGUACCGCGCCGCCAUGGCGCUACAGAUUGCGAAUCUCUGGACUCGAGCUAUGUUCUCGCAGGAGAUGGGGAUUGACGACCUCCCCCAGUCAUGUGCUUAUUUCUCUGCUGUCGAUAUCGACAAGGUCCUGAGAAAGGAGGUGGACAUGGAUUGCAUUACACCGUCUCACCCCAACAAAAUACCGCAUGGCGAAAGUUUAGAUAUUGAAAAUCUCCUCAACAAAGGUGUUGAGGCCCAGUUAGAUCCUUCCAUUGAACCUAAUACCCCUCCCGCCCCAGAAAAAUACCAGUAUACUCCCCGACAACCAGUCAUGGCCCCAUUACAGAACUCCCGAAAUCCAAAUUUCAUAAAGGCGCAGAUUUGCAGUGAUGAUAAGGAACUGCGCGAAAUUAUCAAGGAAAUGACCAAGAAGCCUUCCCAACCGGCGCUCGACUCAAAAUCCUCAACUACGAAAUCCGCAUCAACCUCACCUCGCAAAACGCGAGCCAAGUCAACCGUACCACCACACGCUGAACCACAAAGGGCCAUUCUCAUGGAAGUUCAGCCCGCGCUCCUCAAUAGUACAAAGAAGGCGACCAACUUUGCGAAAUCGCCACAGUUUAGUCCUCAUCGAGCUGCGUGGAAGCCAAGGCCCUCGCCUGGCCUAUGAUUGAUGCCGCCAUCAUUCCAUCAUUCCACCAUUCCAUUCUUGUAUAUAUAUUGGCAUUGGACUUUCCGUUUAAUGAUAAGUUAGCGAUACCUGGGACAAGCACCUUUCAUUCACGGUUAAUAUUUUCAUACUUAAGCUGACACUUGUUAGCUGUCUUUAUUUCAACUAAUAUUCCCUGAAGUAUCUCUUUUAUUUCUUUCGUAUGCAUACAACACUAUUUUUUCCUCUUAUAUUUCUUGGACAUGUAUCUUAACAUUAUCGUUCUCUUGUUCAUAUCUGUGAUCAUGUUGAUAGGGCGGCUGGGCUUCUGUGAUUCGGCGCAUUGGUCUGGCAGGUAUACGCGACUUUUCACUUUAAAAUUGUGUGCUCCGAGAGAGGGGAGGGGAAAUAUAUGAUAUGUAUCUUCUGAACUUUUUUACGAUGUAAUCUAAAUUUGCCCACGUCAUGCUAUAUACGGAGGAUCCUCUCAAAAGUUUUGAUUAGCGUUAAGAAUUUAAGCUAAUACUGUUACCAUUCUCAAGCCCCUAGGAUUUAGGCUAGCUUUAGUUAAGCUGUAGCUGGUUAUUCAAGUGCCACCGACAUUAACCUCCCUUAGAACUCUGGUUAAGAGAGGGAAUGAGAAUACUAUGCCUGCAAAGUUAC